AUGUGCUUCUCCGAUUCGAGAUUUGCAUACGGCCCCUUUGUGCCACACUACGUCGCCCGGCAAUAUGUCGAGAAUUACUUUGCCAUCCACCAGACAGAUUCCUUCCUAGAGCUAAACACGACCGUGGAGGAUCUUUCGAGCGUGUCUUUGCCAGCGCCCAGCGGCGCCAGAGGUUGGAAGCUGACGCUCCGGAAACACGACGCCACCCGAAACCUUGACGUGUGGCGCGAAGAGUUCUACGACGCCGUGGUAUUAGCUAAUGGGCACUACUCGGUUCCCUAUGUACGCAUUCAAUUAGCACCCAAAAAUAUGGAAGCACGCGGAAAGCUAACCCAGCGACAGGUACCGCAAGUCCCCGGCCUCGAGGCAUACAUGGCCAAGUUUCCCGGGCGAGUCUCCCACUCCAAGUUCUACCGCUCGCCCCUACUCUACGAACACAAACGAGUCAUUGUCGUUGGCAACUCCGCCUCCGGCCACGACGUCGCCGCCGACUUGGUCUCUGCUGCCCAACACCCCGUCCAUGUAUCCCGACGCUCCAAGUCCAAGUGGGAUGGCGACGAACCACCGCCCGGAAUAUCGUGGAAACCUACCAUUAGAGAAUUCCAACCAGACGGCAGAGUCGUAUUCGCCGACGACACAUACCUGGAUAAUGUCGACGCGGUGAUCUACUGCACCGGCUACAAGGCUUCGUUUCCGUUCUGGAAUGAAAAGGCCAACAGGCAGCCCUUGUGGGACUAUAAAGCCGACAAGCUGGUCAAGAGCUACCGGCACACCUUCUUCCGGGACUAUUCUAACCUCGGUAUCGUGGGACUUCCGAGGACGUUGACAUUCAGAAGCUUUGAGUACCAGGCCAUUGCGCUUGCGCGGCUGUGGUCCAACAGAAACUCGAUCCCGCUGCCGUCGCGGGAGGAACAGGAGGCGUGGGAAGUGCAGCAGGCGGAGAAGACGACGUCCCGGGGUGCAAAGUUUCACGAUGUUCCGUGGGAAAAUGGCGAGACGGCCGAGUACUUGGGGUACUUGUUUGACAUUGCGGGCCUGGGGACCUUGAGUGGCGAGGGUAGAAUACCGCCUGCCUUGGGGAGGGACUUGGUUUGGGCUAUAGAGAAUAUACACAAGUAUCCGGAGCAUUCGGCGCGGGAUACGAAGAAGGGAGUUGGGGGGGAUUGCAUGGAGGAAGGUUGGGUUUUGGUGCCAAAUGGACGCAGGAGUCACUUGGGCUUUAUUUAG